UAUGAGCAUGGAAGUGCAGAAUAUCAAUCCCAUUCACAUCCCACUGAAAAUAAGGUUGGAGUGUUACCUCUGAAUCUUGGAGGACCAGAGACAGUCCACGAAGUUCAGCCAUUUUUGUUUAAUUUAUUUGCAGAUCUGGACAUCAUACGCCUGCCCAGGUUAUUUCAGUUUAUUCAAUGGCCCUUGGCUAAUUUAAUUUCUGUUCUACAGUUUGACAUGUCCUGCUAUUUUUUUGUCUGUAAUAUGGCAUAUUGUAAUUUGAAAAACUUGUUGCAGGCACAUGCUCUUAGAAUUGCCCUGGAAGCAAAGAACUUACCUGUCAACAUCUAUGUUGGAAUGAGGUAUUGGUACCUGUUUACAGAGUGUCCUGAUAGUUCAAAAUUUCGCUACAUUUGGCAGCUUAAGAGAGACAAAAUUACAAGGCUCGUAGUGCAGCCACUUUAUCUGCAGUUCUCUAUCUCUGCAAUUGGGUUAAGCAUCCUUGUUCUUGAGAAAAUAUUUAGGGAAGAUGCAUACCUAUCAAAGAUGCCUGUUUCUAUCAUACGGUCCUGGUAUCACCAAGAAGGUUACAUCAAGUCUAUGGCUGACUUGAUUCAGAAAGAGUUGGGGAAAUUCUUAAAUCCUGAAGAGGUAAUGAUCUUCUUUAGUGCCCAUGGAGUACCAGUUAGUUUUGUCGAGAAUGCUGGUGAUAUUUACAGAGACCAGAUGGAGGAGUGUGUUAGGGCUCGUGUUUACGUGAAGAAGAAGAGAGGAAGCAGAAAGGCCAAGCUGGAGACACAGGUUGAAGGAUUAACAGACAGUAACGGAAGAAAUAACACUGGAAAGCUCACUGGUGAGCAGUCUGGUGAAGCUCCAGGUGACAGCAACUUAGUAGCAGUAAAAGUAGCAGACAGGCAGCAAAAGUAUGGGGAUCUGCUGGAAAAGAAAGGCACCCUGAAGGAACUAGAAGCUGAGCUGGCACGUAAGGAUUGGUGGGGCUACAGUGAGGAGCCAUAUGAUAAGAGCUGGGAAGGAGAAGGAGAGGGGGAGGAAAAAGAGAAGAAGAAAUAGGGGAAGAGUACCAGCCGGAUAGGAGCUGGAGUUUGUGGUGUAUUACUGAAGCAUUUCUAUUAACUGGAGUUUUGUGAUGUAAUACUGAAACAUUUCUGUUUUAUUUUGUUAAACCGUUUAUGUUUAAUUCCUGGUUAUAACCAAAUUCUGCGUAUGUUGGAAUGAUUGCAUAUCUCAGAACAUUAUUGAUUUGUAAUUGACAAAACUAUGGGAAUGCAGUUAUUUUAUUGAA